GCGGGGCUUCCAUGCUGGAGCGAUGGCUGAAAGAUAACACCAGCUGUAGGAUGAAGCUUACUGUCAGGGGUCUGGAGAGUGUGGAAGGACUGGCUGGAAUGAAAGCAUGAGAACGGAACGCUUUGCUGCAGCUCUCCCAGUUGAAUAUUUGACUGAUGAACUCUGAGAAACAUCUCGUACAGGACAGUACUGGAGAGGAGUGCCAAGAAGCCUGUUUUCUGGGGCGUCAGACAGCGUUCCCCAGAAGAAUAAGGAACCCUACAUGACGUUUGGCUGUUCUCUCUUGUUUUUGUUUUUUAAGGAACUUGAAGUAAAACAAACAUUGCUGCUGGUGUUCCUUAUCAGCUUGUUAUUUGCUGACUUGGAACCUUGCCAUCAACCUGCAAGGUGAGAGAACGGUACCUCUGAAAAGCUGAAGAAGUGCAUUGUGGGCCUCUGGCACUAAUUAUUCAUAUUCAUUACCAGUAAAGCGAUUCAUGAUCACUUGCAGAUCACUUUAAAGAACAGCUUGACUGACACAUGCUGUCUGUCUUCAGUAACUGUCAGAUACAGUGAACUAUACUCUUAUGUUUGCCUCUGCACUAGAGCACUUGCUUAUCCACUAACACCGAUCAUACAUUGAGGACCUGCUGAUUUACCGCAUCUACCUCCUGCAUCUCCCCAGAAAGACUGGCAAGCAGAAUGCUGCAGCAUUCCUCAGAAGCGGGAUUGGUUACCCUGCCCCGCACCCUGGCUAUCUGGCCCCCUCUAGACUUUGCGCUGGGUGCUGCAGCUUGCUGUGGGGCCUGUGUGUUCACCAACCCUCUGGAGGUGGUGAAGACCAGGCUGCAGCUCCAGGGAGAGCUCAGGGCCUGUGGAUCCUAUCAGAGGCACUAUCACGGCGUCCUGCAGGCUCUGUGGGCUGUUGCCAGGGCCGAUGGGCUGCGCGGCCUCCAGAAGGGGCUCUCCGUGGGCCUGCUCUACCAGGGCGUGAUGAACGGGGUCCGGCUCGGCUUCUACUCCUAUUCUGAGGCUUCAGGUUUCACCAGGGCCCCUGGGGGCAGUGUACUUGCUGGGGCCACUGCUGGGGCGCUGGGGGCCUUUGUAGCCAGCCCUGCCUACCUGGUGAAGACGCACCUGCAGGCCCAGACAGUGGCAGCCAUCGCCGUGGGGCAUCAGCACAACCACGUGGGCGUAUCCAGUGCCUUUGUGAGUAUCUACAGGGCGCAGGGGAUCGUGGGGCUGUGGCGGGGGGUGAAUGGAGCCGUGCCUCGGGUGAUGGUCGGCUCGGCUGUCCAGCUCGCCACCUUCUCCAGUGCCAAGGAGUGGGUCGUCAGCCAGCAGUGGUAUAAACAAGACAGCUGGCUGGUGGCUCUCAACGCAGCCAUGCUCAGCGGGGUUGCCGUGGCGAUCGCCAUGACCCCCUUCGAUGUCGUCAGUACGCGACUCUACAAUCAGCCGGUGGACAAGCUGGGCAGGGGUCAGCUCUACCGGGGGUUCCUUGACUGCUUUGUGAGGGUGUCCAGGAAGGAGGGUCUUGUGGGGCUCUACAAAGGAAUGGGGCCCUCCUUCGUGAGACUGGGUCCCCACACCGUAAUCAGCAUGCUCCUCUGGGACCUGCUCCGGCACACAGCCUUCCAAUACGAGGGCUGAGGGAGCGGGACUGGGAGCAGCAGGGCGCGGAGUUAAUCACUGCACAAUUCCAGGGAGGGCGUGGCUAAGAUACCUGAACGGGAGGAGCUUAUUACUGCAUAACACCAGAGUGGGUGGGGCUGCUGUUAAACAUGGCAGAUUAUUUUAAAGGGCCAGGGUUGAAAUGCACAAGGGGGGGGGGGGGGGGGGG